CAUUGGUGCGUUAUCAUGUGAGCCGAUGAAAUGAUGUUUUCUUGAAUUUUAUCGUCGCGAGUGAAUAUUAAAAUUGUGAUUCAGUGAAUUGUGACAUAGCAAACUAUGGCGGACCUUAAAUCGCCACCGUUUAGUGACAUUAAAAGACCCGAGGAAGUCGUCAGAAUGACGACUAACGAUAGCCUGAAAUUUGCAGUUCUUAUCGGGCUGAUUGAAGUCGGACAGGUAACCAACCGGGAGGUGGUGAAUACUGUACUGCACCUGUUGGUCGGUGGCGAGUUCGACAUGGAAUUGAACUUCGUAAUUCAAGACGCGCAAAACAUACAGCACAUGCUGGAACUUCUGGAUCACUGCCCGCCAAGCCUGCAGGCGGAGAUCUGGUCAGUGUUCAUCGCGAUAUUGAGGAAAAGCGUGCGCAAUCUGCAAGCAUGCACCGACGUGGGCCUCAUACACCACGUGCUGCAGCGACUCCCACGCGCGGAGACCGUCGUUGCCGAUCUCCUGAUAGAAAUGUUAGGGGUCCUGGCUAGUUACAGCGUUACUGUUAAAGAACUUAAACAGUUGUUUAACGCUAUGAAGGCAGUCAAUGGAAAAUGGCCGAGGCACUCCGCUAAGCUGUUAAACGUGCUCCGUCAGAUGCCACAUAGGAACGGUCCGGACGUAUUCUUCAGUUUUCCCGGCAGAAAAGGAUCGGCCGUGGUACUCCCGCCGCUCGCGAGGUGGCCGUAUGAGAACGGAUUUACAUUUACGACGUGGUUUCGGUUGGACCCCAUCAACUCCGUCAACAUUGAACGGGAGAAACCAUAUUUAUACUGCUUUAAAACCAGCAAAGGUGUCGGCUACACGGCCCACUUCGUCGGUAACUGUUUGGUACUGACCUCUAUGAAGGUGCGAGGCAAAGGGUUUCAACAUUGUGUCAAAUACGAGUUCCAGCCGAGAAGGUGGUACGCUAUUGCAGUUGUGUACAUAUACAACAGAUGGACCAAAAGCGAGAUCAAGUGCUUAGUAAAUGGACAACUAGCGUCCAGUACAGAAAUGGCCUGGUUCGUCUCUACAAACGACCCUUUCGACAAAUGCUACAUCGGUGCGACUGCGGAGUUGGAUGAGGAGCGAGUUUUCUGCGGUCAGAUGGCGGCCAUUUACCUGUUCGGCGAAGCGCUCACCACACACCAAAUUUGCGCCAUGCAUAGACUCGGGCCCGGCUAUAAGAGUCAAUUCCGUUUCGACAACGAAUGCAACAUCAGUUUACCGGAGAAUCACAAAAGGGUGAGCGAGACGGCCGCUCCCAAGCUUGAUGCUGAAAUUCCUUCCAUUCCCGAAAGCGAACCCCAAACUCCCGAAACCCAAUCCCCCGAGCCCGCUUCGCGAGACGAAGAUACUAAGGCGGCAGAAAGUGAAGAAGCUUGUGUAGUUAUUAAAGAAGAUUCAACGCCUCGCGGGCGCCGAUUGGCAGACGAGGCGCGCGAAGUGGCCGCUGCGCAUGCAACUCUGCUCGUAGAUAUUGAAGCAUGCAAGCGUGGUCAAUUUCGAUUCGAUGGCGAAGCUCGCAUCCCGCUGCCGGCCACUGAGAUACGGGUGGACCGCUACGGUGACCUCAUCCACGAUCCGACACAAAAUAUUCAUGAAGUGCUGUACGACGGCAAACUGUCAUCGGCGAUAGUGUUCAUGUACAAUCCGGUGGCAACUGACGGUCAACUAUGUUUGCAGUCGGCUCCCAAAGGCAAUGUGUCGUACUUUGUGCAUACGCCACACGCGCUUAUGCUGCAGGAGGUUAAGGCAGUCGUUACACAUUCGAUCCACAGUGCACUCAACUCUAUAGGAGGCGUACAAGUCUUGUUUCCGCUGUUCGCGCAGCUCGACUUACCGCACGAUGCACCGGCCGCCGACCCGAAACGUGAUCCCAUGCUGUGUUCGAAACUCCUCGGCUUCGUGUGUUCGCUGGUGGAGUCGUGCAGCACGGUGCAGCAGCACAUGCUGCAGUGCCGCGGCUUCCUCGUAAUAUCGCACAUGCUGCAGCGCUGCGGACGCGACCACCUCACCCCGGACACGCUCGCUUCCUUUCUGCAUUUGACGAAACAUCUUGUAACUUGCUGUUCUCCUAAUUCCGAUUUGCUUUUGAAACAGUCGUUUUGCCAAUCGUUCGUGACGUGGCAGCUGCUGGACCACAUCCUGUUCAACCCCGCGCUGUGGAUCCACACCCCGGCGGCGGUGCAGGCGCGCCUGUACUGCUACCUCGCCACGGACUUCCUCGCCGACGCGCACAUAUACGGCAGCGUGAGGCGCGUCAGCACGGUGCUGCAAACCGUUCACACCCUUAAGUAUUACUACUGGGUCGUGAACCCGAGGACGAAGAGCGGGAUCACACCUAAAGGUUUGGAUGGACCCCGACCAGCCCACAAAGACAUAUUGACAAUACGAGCAUACAUCCUGCUGUUCCUCAAGCAGCUCAUCAUGAUCGGCAAUGGCGUGAAAGAGGACGAACUCCAGUCCAUAUUGAAUUAUCUCACAACUAUGCACGAGGAUGAGAAUCUUCACGAUGUACUACAAAUGUUGAUAUCGUUGAUGUCGGAGCACCCCAGCUCCAUGGUGCCGGCUUUUGACGCGAAGGGUGGCGUGAGGACCAUCUUCAAGCUGCUGUCAUCAGAGAGUCAGCUGAUCAGGCUGCAAGCGUUAAAGCUCCUCGGGUUUUUCCUGAGCAGGAGCACUCACAAACGCAAGUACGACGUGAUGUCUCCGCACAACCUGUACACGCUGCUGGCCACGCGGCUGUGCGCGGGCGGGGAGGCGCUGGCGCUGCCCGUGUACAACGCGCUGUACGAGCUGCUCACCGAGCACGUGGGCCAGCAGAUCCUCUACACCAGCCACCCCGAGCCGCAGCCGCACUUCCGCCUCGAGAACCCCAUGAUCCUGAAAGUCGUCGCAACACUGAUCCGACAAUCGAAGCAAACGGAACAGUUGCUGGAGGUGAAGAAGUUGUUCCUGUCGGACAUGACGCUCCUGUGCAGCAACAACCGAGAGAACAGACGGACGGUGCUGCAGAUGUCGGUGUGGCAGGAGUGGCUCAUCGCGAUGGCGUACAUACACCCCAAGAACGCGGAGGAGCAGAAGAUAUCCGACAUGGUGUACUCGCUGUUCCGCAUGCUGCUGCAUCAUGCCAUCAAGCACGAGUACGGCGGCUGGAGGGUGUGGGUGGACACGCUAGCUAUCGUGCACUCGAAGGUAUCGUACGAAGAGUUUAAACUACAAUUCGCGCAAAUGUACGAACAUUACGAGCAAAGGCGAGCCGACAAUAUAACGGACCCUGCGGAAAGACAACAGCGACCUAUCUCAACGAUAUCCGGCUGGGACAGACACACGGAUGCUUCUGCCAAGGCCAGGGUUCUACCGGACACAGAAGACAGUGAUGAAAGUACUCCAGUUACUGUCAUAAAACAAAACGUCCUCAAUCACGGAGCGCAAACUGAAUUAGGGAAGGGAUUGUCACUCAGAGAAGUUGAAUCGUGUCGGUGUAAAAAGCCAAGUGAAAGUACAGAAGACAGUCGGACUACAGUAGUGUAUAGUGAAGUGUGUAAAGUGCAUAGUCCAGUUAAAACUGUCAAUACCGAAGUGCCCAUCGAUGGUUGUGAUAGUGUUAGUAAUGCCGAAGUCGAACACGCUAUCGACGAAGAACAGAUCGAAGACAAAAUGCUCAAUGCAAAUAACGAAUUAGUUCAAUCUAUUAUUGAAAAUAAGCUUCUAGAAAGUUCUGAGUCAGGCAUCGGGACGAUCGAACCUGAUCCAGUUAAAACUGAUAAGCCCUUGACUAGACAAGGCAGUCUUGACUACAUUCCAGUUAGGGAUAUUGGAGAUAACGUAAUGAAAGACGAUAAUACUGACAAAAGUGAAGGGUUGCCUUCUAGCUUAUCAGUGAGUGAAACCGCAAGUCCCGAAAGAGUUGCUGAUGGUUUAAAUAACAUGAAUGAAAGAGAAUCCGAACUAUCAGAUCCGUCCGAAUUGUACUUAACUCCAAGUGAAGCGACUAGUCCUAGAAAAAUACAAGAAAAGACUGAUUCGAGCAUUCCGGAUGAUGUUUCAACUGAUGACCCUAAACACAUUGCGAUAAAUAUUGUCAAUGAUGUUUUAACAGUUGCUUUGGAAACAGUGAGAUUAAAAACUGAUGAUGAUACCGAUUCUGGCGCUAUCUCUGGUGGCCUUCAUUCAGAGGGAAAUACACCGAAUGGUCGCGAAGACUUAGAACAAGAUAUAGAAGAUAUUUUGGAUCACAAACAAGUUGUAGAAACGAUUGCUAACGACUUAGUCAUGGACAUAAUCUCUGCAGUGGUUUCCAAAAGCGAAGAUACCAAUGCAGCAGAGAUUAAUAUAGAUAGUCCUCACACUGAUUUACCAGACCUUUCGCACGAAGGAAACGUUUUACCUCUCGACGGAGAGUUUUUAGUCCCGACUACAGAAGAAUCGAAAAGCGAAUCCACAUCGCCAACUGGCAUUGAUGUUGAAGAAAAUGCCAAAAAUGAAAGCCAAAGAAUAGAAAAUAAUGAACCAGAAGAACCCAAAACGCCUGAAAUACCUCCCAUAUCAACCAUUAGCGAGAAUAUAUCCUUAGCUAAUAAGAAAGAGCAGGAUAAUGAAGAUGAAAGGAAUAGCGAUGAAAGAGACAAGAGACGAGUUAGCUUGCCCGGUGACAGUGAAAUGAAGCAGGAUAGCAAUAGAGGCGAAGGUGUCGCUACACAAGGGACGAACACGUCAACGUCACCGAAGCGGCCGCGCAGCGCGUCUACGAGUACACAAGUCGACUCUAAUCACUUCGAAACUAAGCGGCCUUCCAAGUGCAAUCGACCGAUGUUUUCCCCCGGACCGACAAGACCACCGUUUCGUAUACCGGAAUUCCGUUGGUCUUAUAUUCACCAACGCUUGUUAUCCGACGUUUUAUUCUCGUUGGAGACUGAUAUACAGGUGUGGCGAAGUCACUCCACUAAAUCGGUAAUAGAUUUCGUGAACAGUAGCGAAAACGCGAUCUUCGUGGUGAACACCGUGCACCUCAUCAGCCAACUCGCCGAUAACCUCAUUAUCGCUUGCGGCGGACUGCUACCCCUGUUGGCCUCUGCGACUUCGCCUAAUAAUGAACUAGAUGUAAUUGAGCCUACACAAGGAAUGCCCGUCGAAGUGGCGGUCACGUUUCUACAGCGACUGGUGUCGAUGGCCGACGUGCUGAUAUUCGCGAGCGCGCUGAACUUCGCCGAAUUAGAAGCUGAAAAAAAUAUGUCCAGUGGGGGAAUACUGAGGCAGUGCCUGAGACUGGUGUGCACGUGUGCCGUGCGCAACUGUCUCGAGUGUAAGGAGCGCCAGCGUUGCGCCGCGGCCAGGAACAAUCGCAACGAGUCACCUUCGCCUAAGAGCGUCGUCGCGAGUUUAGCUGAUGCCUCGAGCCCGGUGAAGGACCCAGAAAGAUUAUUACAAGAUAUGGACGUAAACAGACUGCGCGCCGUCAUCUACCGAGACGUUGAGGAGACGAAGCAGGCGCAGUUCCUGUCGCUGGCGAUCGUGUACUUCAUCUCGGUGCUGAUGGUGUCGAAGUACCGCGACAUCCUGGAGCCGCCGGCGCACGCGCAGGCCGAGUGCGCGCGCCGCGUGCACCACUCGCACGAGCACCACGAACACAACGGAGAUGACGUCGAGUACGCUAUGAUAGUUGUGGAUGAAAACAACUCGACGCUGAAUGAGUUGGACUCGCCGUCCAUGAAGGAUGGGACGGAAGAGGGCGUCGCUAAGAUUGAGACGACCACGGACGAAGUGAAACCGAAUUCCGGUGAGAAGUCCAAGGUGGUGGAGUUGGCGGUAACACCGAGCUCUGAGAAAGAGGAGCCGCUAUUCAAAUCGAGUCUCCGGCUGAAGACUCAGACCAAGCAGAAGAGCGUGGACUCGAUCGAAGACGCUGGCUCGUUCCACCUCAACUCAACCGAGACCACUAACAAUGAUCCUGAAACCUCCAGCGAGAUCGCCUUGGAUGAUAACAAACACCCUGUAAGUAACGACGAAUCAUGGACCGAUGUAAAUCUAAACGAAGACGGCGAAAGAGGUCCAGCCACGAUAACGGGGAGGACGAGAGACCACGAGGAUAUAGACAAACAAAUUCACAUGAGGAACUCUGAUCAUCAUCACAUUACACAGCGUCUCACUCGAACUCUGCAAACCGCCCAACGGCAUCUACAUCCCGAUAACGAAGCCUUAGCAGGUCUCACGAUUAACGCUUCAAUGUCAGCCGACGGAGUGUCACGAGAAGCGUCCCUGACACACAAGCUGGAGACCGCUCUGGGUCCAGUUUGUCCUCUUCUGAGAGAAAUCAUGCUAGACUUUGCACCCUUCCUGUCCAAGACGCUAGUCGGUAGUCAUGGCCAAGAAUUAUUAAUGGAGGGUCUCCAAACCUUCAAAUCGAGUACAUCCGUAGUGGAACUAGUGAUGCUCCUCUGCUCCCAAGAGUGGCAGAACUCUCUCCAGAAGCACGCGGGCCUCGCCUUCAUCGAACUCAUCAACGAGGGCAGGCUGCUGUCGCACGCGAUGAGGGACCACAUCGUCAGGGUCGCCAACGAGGCCGAAUUCAUCCUGAACCGGAUGAGGGCCGACGACGUCCUAAAGCACGCCGACUUCGAGUGCGUGUGCGCGAGCACGAGCCAGGAGCGCUCGGAGGAGGAGCGCACGUGCGAGCGCCUCAUCGCCGCCGCGCGCCGCCGCGACCACGCCGCCGCCGCGCGCCUGCUGGACAAGCUGCAGCACGCCGCCGCCGCGCGCGCCGGGGUGAGCGACGGGGAGUCCAUCGACGGCGGCUUCUGGAAGCUGGACUCGUGGGAGGACGACGCGCGGCGCCGGCGCCGCCUCGUGCCCGACGCGCGCGGGCGCCGCCACGCCGCGCGCGCCUCGCACGCGCCGCCGCCGCCGCCCACCGACGCCAUCCUGCAGGCGACGGAGGAGCUGCACGCGCGCAUCGCGCAGGCGGCGGGCGGCGCGCAGCUGGCGGCGCCGGCCGCGGCCGAGCUGCUGGACGACGCCGAGCUGCUGCUGGACGAGCGCGACGCCGAGCAGGACCUGGCCGGUCCCGUGAACAUCAGCACGAAGGCGCGGCUGGUGGCGCCGGGGCUGGUGGCGCCGGGCGUGGUGUCUCUCACCUCCACCGAGCUGUAUUUCGAGGUGGACGAGGAUGACCCCGAGUACAAGAAAGUCGACCCUGAGGUGUUGAAGUACUGCGAACAUCUGCAUGGAAAAUGGUACUUCAGCGAAAUCCGGGCGAUCUUCUCGCGUCGUUAUCUUUUGCAGAGCAUCGCCAUCGAGAUGUUCCUUGCAAGCAGGACGUCAAUAUUCUUUGCGUUCCCCGACCAGGCUACGGUGAAGAAGGUCAUAAAAGCGCUACCGAGGGUCGGAGUCGGCAUCAAGUACGGGAUCCCGCAGACCAGGCGCGCGUCAAUGAUGUCUCCGCGUCAACUCAUGCGCAACUCAAACAUGACUCAGAAAUGGCAACGACGUGAGAUAUCGAACUUCGAAUAUCUCAUGUUUCUGAACACUAUUGCUGGUCGUACGUACAAUGAUCUGAAUCAGUACCCGGUGUUUCCAUGGGUGCUCACCAACUACGAGAGCGAAGAAUUGGAUCUCAGUCAACCAUCGAAUUACAGGGACUUAUCUAAGCCAAUUGGAGCUCUGAAUCCGAGUCGUCGUGCUUACUUCGAAGAGCGCUACAACACGUGGGAGCAUGAGUCGACGCCUCCCUUCCACUACGGAACCCACUACUCCACAGCAGCGUUCGUGCUCAACUGGCUCGUGCGCAUUGAACCGAUGACUACAAUGUUCUUAGCGCUGCACGGGGGCAAAUUCGACCAUCCAAAUAGACUGUUCUCUUCCAUUGCACUUUCCUGGAAAAACUGUCAAAGAGAUACCUCUGACGUAAAGGAACUGAUACCCGAACUCUUCUUCUUACCUGAGAUGCUGGUGAAUAGCUCCGGAUACAAGCUGGGUAUCCCGGACUCGCCUUCUGGAGAUGUGAUCUUACCACCCUGGGCGUCUUCUGCGGAAGAGUUCGUAAGGAUCAAUCGAAUGGCCUUGGAGUCUGAAUUCGUUAGCUGCCAGUUACAUCAGUGGAUCGAUUUGAUCUUCGGUUAUAAACAAAGAGGACCCGAAGCCGUCCGCGCGACCAACGUUUUCUACUACCUGACCUACGAGGGCGGCGUGCGCCUGGACCAAAUAACGGACCCGAUCACGCGAGCCGCCAUCGAGGACCAGAUCCGGAGCUUCGGCCAGACCCCCGCGCAGCUGCUGAGCGAGCCGCACCCGCCGCGCGCGUCCACCAUGCACCUGGCGCCGCUCAUGUUCGCGGCCGCGCCCGACGACGUGUGCCUGCGCCUCAAGCUGCCGUCCAACGCGGCCGUGGUGCACGUGUCGGCCAACACCUACCCGCAGCUCGCCAUGCCGGCCGCCGUCACGGUCAGCGCCGCGCGCGCCUUCGCCGCCCACCGCUGGGCCGGCGGCGGCUGCGUGCACUCCGCGCCCGCCCGGCACGCCGACCACCCGCCCCCGCACCACCCUCUCGUCAUGGACCCCGUGUGGGCGGCGGGCGGCGCGGCGGUGUCGCGGCGCCAGCUCGGCGACAACUUCUCGCAGCGCGUGCGCGCGCGCAGCAACUGCUUCGUCACCACCGUCGACUCGCGCUUCCUCAUCGCGGCCGGCUUCUGGGACAACAGCUUCCGCGUCUUCUCCACCGAGACAGCCAAAAUAGUACAAAUAAUAUUCGGGCACUACGGCGUCGUCACGUGCGUUUCGCGCUCCGAGUGCAACAUCACGUCGGACUGCUACAUCGCGUCGGGCUCCGAGGACUGCACCGUGCUGCUGUGGCACUGGUCAGCGCGGCACGGCGGCAUCGUGGGCGACGGCGAGACGCCGGCGCCGCGCGUCACGCUGACGGGACACGACGCGCCGCUCAACGGCGUGCUCGUGUCGGCCGAGCUCGGCCUCGUCAUCUCCUCCUCCGUCAACGGGCCGGUGCUGAUCCACACGACGUUCGGCGAGCUGCUGCGCUCGCUGGCGGCGGCGGAGGGGGUGUCGGGCCCGCAGCAGCUGGCGCUGUCCCGCGAGGGGGUGGUGGUGGUCGCCUACGCGCGCGGACACCUCGCCGCCUUCACGCUCAACGGCAGGCGGCUCCGGCACGAGACGCACAACGACAACUUCCAGUGCGUGGCGCUGUCCCGCUGCGGCGAGUACCUGGUGUGCGCGGGCGACGCGGGCGUGGUGGAGGUGUGGCGCGCCUUCACGCUGGCGCCGCUCUACGCCUUCCCGCCCGCCGGCGCGCCCGUCUGCAGCCUGGCGCUCUCGCACGACCAGAGGUUCCUGCUCGCGGGCCUGGAGAACGGAUCGCUCGUAGUGUUUCACAUCGACUUCAACAGAUGGCAUCACGAGUAUCAGCAGCGGUACUGAGGCUCGAAGUUUCCUAGGUUUAGUUUUUAAACGUCGACCGGAUGAUGGCGACGUGGCCGCCAUCUCGCGUGCGCCGGCACGACGGCCGUUACCGUCUUAUGAUAUGCGAUAAUACUUAAAUGGCGACGUUCGAUAUUAUUAAUGGCAUUUAUAUUGCGAAUAGAACAUAUACAGAGUUGAUAUUUAAGAAUUAUCGUUCAUACCUUAGAGAGUAUCGCUAACGCGUCUAUGAGCAGUAGUGAAAGUUAAUUUGCGCAUGCGCAGAUUGUCUCGUUACAUACAAUUUUGACAUAAAGCUGUUCUCUACUGUUAUUUUGAAAUUUAAACCAAAGUGAAACUUUUGUUUAUUUUUUUUUAUGUUUUAGCAAAUUUAUAAUAUAUUGUUUUGUUUAAUGAACAGAUAUUGAUUAAAUUUUAACAGUAGAGAACGCUGUGUGUGGUUAUAUUAUAGUUUGAAUGUCGGGAAUGUUUAGUAUUCGUUUAAUCUAAGAGGCAGCAAACGUCAAGCAUUGGACUCGUAGUCGUAAGUAAAAUAAUUUUACAUAAUUGACAUUCCAAUUUAAUUAAUAUAUAAUUCGUUUUAUUUAUAUAAAUUAAAUUUUAUUUAAAACGUCCGCUUUAUUUUCUUAGUGCCAUAAGUGACUUCGAAAGGUAUUAGAUAUUUAAUGUUUAUUUUUUUUAAAUAGAUCUCCUCAGGCCUCACAAUGACGUCCAUUUUUAUUUUAAUAUUAUGUUCAUGAUUUAUGUACUUAAUUAUGUUAUUUAUUGUGCAAUAUUUUUAUUAAUCAACUUAUGAGAAAAUGAAAUAUAUUUGGUUAUUAUUCCCUAUCAGAAAUCGACAUUUUUUUUUAAAUAAUCUAUGAUUUUAAUUGAUUUCAAAAACAUUCCAGUAUAAUUGUUUUCUAUUCUUUGGUGGAGGGUAAGCUAGGCUAAUGUACUUAAUUUUUAUGAAUUCUUAUUGUUGUAAUCUUUAAUACUUUUGUUUUUUUUUAUUAAAUGGUCAUAUUGACUUAUUUUGCUUUUUAUUUA